AAAUGACUAACCGAUGAACUCAAACUAAUCUCUAUCUCAUCUUCAUCUUCUUCGAUGGAAUUGUUUGAUUUCCGAAACUUAGAGAUAGAGCUAGGGUUUCAUCCAAUCCAGACUUUAUUUCUUUCUCCCUGGAAAUGGACCCGGAACGAACAUCCUCAGCACCAGAAUCUUCCUCAUCGUCACACGAGGCGUCCACUUCUUCUCCGGUAAGGCAUGAGGAGGAGGCGGCGGUGGCGGCUGUGGAGAGGCGCGAGAACGAUCGAACAUCGCAGGAGCAUUCUCAUAAUGUAGAACAUCGCAGGGCAUUGAGGGAAGACACUUGGUCCUGCAUCGUCGUACUCAUUACCUUCUGGUUCUUCGUUGCAAUGACUUUAAUUUUGGGUGUAUUUGGUGCUUCCAACUUACAAUUAACACCAAAUUCUUCUAUAUUAAUCAAGCCAAACGUUUGGUUUGUGGAUCACAUAAAGGUGGAGCAAAUAAACGAGGCAGAUUCUGGGCCAGUUCUGUAUGGAUUGUACAGUACUCCACCUCUCGAUGUUGUUAAGAUUUGGUCCGAGAAUCAUAUCACCAUUCUUCAAACCAGCACUUACAAGGAGUGGAUGUAUAUAUUGAAUGAAGGAUCUCAAAUUAAUAUAUCGUAUAGCGUCGCCUCCUCCAGCUCGUUAUCCUUAAUCCUUAUAGUAUCCAAAGGGAGUGAAAACUUAGAAGAGUGGAUUGCUGACCCGGCUUAUACCAAUAGCACAUUGUCAUGGAAUGUCAUUAAAGGAAAUGGUUUCAUCCAACAGUCUAUUACUGAAAAAUCGACUUAUUAUGUAGCAGUGGGUAAUUUGAACUCGGAAGAUGUGCAGGUGAAUGUAAAUAUCAGUGUAAAGAGUUAUUUGUAUAAUACAAGUGAGGCGUACUACACCUGUGUUGUUUCUCGUAGAAGUUGUAGUUUAAAACUGCUUUUCCCUAGCGGAAAUUCAGCUGUUUUGACUUCUCAAUCUGUUGGCGGUAAUGAUUGGUAUGUUAAACUAUCAUAUGGACCGAGAUGGAUAACAUACGUUGUUGGCAUAGGUGGAAUGAGUUUUGUCAUGUUUUGGGCUUUUCAUUAUCUGAACAAUUUUCAAUCGAGGAGUCUAGACAGAAUAGUGCAAGAUCAGAGAGCUCCUCUGCUGGCGCGUAAAGACUCUGAUUUGUCUAGUUGGGGUUCUUCGUACGAUUCAGUUUCAGAUAACGACGAAGAACACGAAGAACCAGUGAAGGAUGGGGAGUAUAACAGCAAUAAUGUUCGUCGUCUUUGUGCAAGCUGCUUUGAUGCUCCUAGAGACUGUUUCUUUCUUCCUUGUGGACAUUGUGUUGCUUGUUUCACAUGCGGAUCGAGAAUUACAGAGGUUGCGGGUACUUGUCCAAUCUGUUGUAGGAACAUAAAGAAGGUGCGAAAGAUUUUUACUGUUUGAUCCAAUCUCAGGAAAUUUCUUGCUCGGGAUCUUGUUAAUUGACAAUUUUUGUCUCCAAACCGUAUAUUUAGCCCACUCAUUAGAAUUCAAGUGUCGAAAUCUCGAAAAAAAAAGUAAGAUGUUUUGUUGAUCUGAAUUAUGAUUUGUAAAUUUGGAUCAUGUUUAUGAUAUAUCCUUUUAAAAAAAACACUAUAAAUGCAAUUUUAUAUUUUG